GUUGAAGUAGCAACUCAUAAGCAAUGAGUCUAGCAAGGGAGACACACAGAAAAUAGAAAAUGACCAAGUAAAUAUUGGCUGUGGUCGUGGUACCCGCCAUAGGAGACAGUAGAGGGCGCUGUAAGAAUAUAUAAUGGGGUCAGUGGCAGCAGGCGGGGUGAGGAGGGACAGGUUCGCCUUUCCUGAGGCGAUAGUAUUGAGCUGAGACCUUAAGGACUGAGAUGGAGUUAAACUGGGCAGAGAGAAGAGUGAAGAGAAGGAGGGACGCACGUGAGGCCUCGAGGGUCGGAGGGGCUGUGUCGGGUAGUUUCGGAGUGACCCACGUGGCCGGCAGUGGAGAGUGCUUCCAAGGCAGAAGCAGACACAGAAGGAGUCUGCUGAGGGCGAGGGUCAUGGACUUCGUCACCUCCACGGCCAUCCUGCCCCUGCUGCUGGGCUGCGUGGGCGUCUGCAGCCUCUUCAAGCUGCUGCAGUGGCUGCGCACGAGAGCCUGCGUCCGGAACGCCGUGGUGGUCAUCACCGGCGCCACGUCGGGCCUGGGCCGAGAAUGUGCCAGAGUUUUCCACGCUGCGGGCGCUAAGCUGGUGCUCUGUGGCCGGAACGCCGAGGCCCUGGAGGAGCUCACCCGAGAACUUGCUGCUUCCCGGGCUACCAAGGUGCAGACUCACAAGCCUUACACGGUGACCUUUGACCUCACGGACCCUGGGGCCAUAGUGGGGGCCGCUGCGGAGAUCCUGCAGUGCUUUGGCUAUGUGGACGUGCUCAUCAACAACGCUGGGAUCAGCUACCGCGGCACCAUUGUGGACACCAACCUGGACGUGGACAGGAGAGUCAUGGAGACAAACUACUUUGGUCCAGUUGCUCUGACGAAAGCGCUCCUGCCCUCUAUGAUCAGAAGGCGCCAGGGCCACGUUGUCGCCAUCAGCAGUAUCCAGGGCAAAAUCAGCGUUCCUUUCCGAUCCGCGUACGCGGCCUCCAAACACGCGACCCAGGCCUUCUUCGACUGCUUGCGGGCCGAGGUGGAGCGGCAUGACAUCGAGGUGACCGUCGUCAGCCCCGGGUACAUCCAGACCAGCCUCUCCCUCAACGCCGUCACGGCCGACGGGUCCAAGUAUGGAGUGAUGGACGAGACCACGGCCCAGGGCCGAAGCCCCUCGCAGGUGGCCCGAGAUGUGCUGGCUGCCGUGGGGAAGAAAAAGAAGGAUGUGGUCCUGGCUGAUGUGGCGCCUUCCCUGGCUGUUUACCUGCGGACUCUGGCUCCCCGGCUCUUCUUCAGCCUCAUGGCCUCCCGGGCCAGGAAGGAGUGGAAGCCCAAGCGUUGCUAGUGCCUGUGCGGGCAGGCGGCGCGGCAGCACCGCUGCUGCACGGCGACAGGUGUGAAAUGACCAGCAAGAGAGCAUAGUAAAAAGGGUUCACGUUGAAAAAUAAAACUGAGCACGCCAAUAAUGGAAAGGUCUUUAAAAGUGAAAAAGUCAAGUACAGAACAGUGUGUGUAGCCUGUGAUUUCCAGUGCAUUUCUGAGAAAGUGUACAUUUGCUUUUAGAUGCACAGAACGUUUCUGGGCGGAUAUACAAAGACCCAAGAGUUACGACUGUCUCUGAGGAGGGGAAUGGAGGGGCUCCAGAAAGAAAGGGGCCCCUUCUUACCAAAUGACUUUAGAACCCUUUGAAUUUGGCAGGUUCCAUGGAGCUUACGGGACGGAACUGGCCUGCACAGGAGCACAGCCUGCCGGGCCACAGGGGCUGCUGCAGGCGCUGCCUCCGGUCAGGGUCACGGGCUCUCCCUGGGGGCUUGUGAACCUGCCUCCAGCUGGGGUCAGUCUCCUCUCCUCGUCAGAAUCGGCUCCAGCAGCACCCAGGAAAUAGUCCUCAAAGGAAUCCUGGGGAACCUGGCAGCCAGCACGAAGAGCCCACAGAACAAACCUCAUUUUGCCAGCACAGAAGCCGGCCCUGGGGAUCCCACGCCAUCUUGAAGCCUGUCUUGAACCUGGGAUUACAGGAGCCUCAGACACGGGACCCACAGAGUCUGGAGACAGCUCCAAAAGUCAGGGGUGCACAAGAAUGUUCAAAGCAGCACUCUGGCGAGAGCAGAGAGAGAGAGAGCGUGACUCGGCCACGGGAGGUAAAGCCGUGGAGGCACAGUCACCCAGUGCCUCCCGACCCGGAAGGGGAAGCGGGCGCACAACACCCGUGAACGCCGCACGCACGCACGCACGGUUCAGAAGCGUGCAGAACCAAGCACGUGCCGUCACGGAGACGGCGGAGGAUUCCGGAGUGAGGUGGCCGCUGCCUGCGCUCGGGAGGGCAGUGUGGCCCAGGGAGACGCUAGCGCUUGGUUCAUUAAUUGUUUUCUAAACUACGGUAAAAUACACAUAACACAAAAUUUACUAUCUGUAAAUUUUGUGUUAUGUGUACAGUUCAGUAAGGUUAAGUACACUAAGACACUGUUGGGCAACCAAUGUCCAGAACUUUUUUGUCUUACAAAACUAAAACUCUGUCCCCAUUAAACCACAACUCCCCCCGCACCCCACCCUUCUACUUUCUGUCUCUAUGAAUUUGGCUGCUCAGGGAGGGACCUCAUGUAAGUGGAGUCACACAGUAUCUUUUUUUGUGGCCGGCUUCUUUCACUUAGCAUAAUGUCCUCAAGGUUCAUCCACGUUGUAGCAAGUGUCAGUUUCCUUCCUUUUUAAUGCUGAGUAAUAUUCCCUGUGUGUACAGACCACGUUUCGUUAUCCAUCCAUCCAUCGAUAGGUUGCUUCCACCUUCUAGCUAUUGUGAACGAUGCUGCUGUGAACACGGGUGUAAAAAUACCUGUUUUAGUCCCUGCUUUUAAUUAUUUUGGAUAUAUACCUAGAAGUGGGAUUGCUGGAUCAUGUGGUAGUUCUAUUUUUAAUUUUCUGAGGAACCUCCACACUUUCCCACAGUGGCUGUACUAAUUUACAUUCCCACCAACACUGCACAAGGGUUCCCUUUUCUCCGCAUCCUUGCCAACACUUUUAUUUUCUGUUUUUUCCAUAGUAGCCAUCCUAGUGGUAUGAGGUGGCAUCUCGUGGUGGUUUUGACUUGUGCUUCCUAAAUGACAGCUUUAUUGUGAUAGAUUCACCCACUUAAACUGCACAAGUCAGUGGCUCGACACUUUCACUGAGUUGUGCAACCAACACCACGAUCAAUUUUAGAACAUCUUCCUCACCUCAAAAAGUAACCCCGUCACUCCCCAUUCGCCCCUGACCCCCGUCCCUGGCAAUCUCCAGCCUACUUUCUGACUGUGUAUCUGCCUCUUCUGGGCGUUCUGCAGGAAUGCAUCACGUGGCACGUGGGCUUUGGGGCUGAUUCCUUCAUUUAGCCUCGUGUUCCCAAGGUCGUACAUAUGGUAGCAAGUGUAUAACUUUUCAUAUGGUAGAGACAUACUUUUGAUGGAUUUAACAUAUAAUUUUUAAAAUUCCAAGACAAAAUACCCAGCGGGAAGCAUCAAAGAUGCUCUGCAUAAAAAAAGGCCAAUAAUGGUUUUCUCUGGAUGGUGGCCCAACAGGUAACUUUUAAAUUUUAGUUUUCUGUAUUUUUCAAAAACAAAAAAUAAACGUGUUUCUUUUAUAAUGGGAAAAUUAAUUAUAAAUUUUUUCAUAAAAAGAAAAAUCCUGUCCAAUAGCUCUGUAUCCCUUGGGGUGGAAGAGACCAGACAGGGCAGGCCCUCCCAGCCGAGGAGAGGGGGCCCCCCUCCUGCUCCAGUGGCUUCCCAGGCCGCAAAGGGGCCGAGGUGGUCUCACACUCCUGCAGUCCGUUUCCCUGUUCCACUCCAGCGGGCACUGGCCCUGCAACCCACCACCUUUUCUGGUCAUGCUGGAACCAGAAGAACCGACCCAAACACUGCUUUAAGGCCCCUUCCUGGAGCGGCGCUGGGCUCACAGUCUCAGCUCAAACACAGGAGGAGGUGAUGCCAAGCUCCUUGAAGGCAGUGACUGCUUUCAUCGCAGUCUGGUCCGCCCCGCCCCACCCUGGGCCUGAAUGUGACAGGUUCCCAGCAGACUUAGAGGAAGGACGUUUGAAAGGACUGACAGAUGAAAAACAAUUAACAGUAAUUAAGGGCACCUGUGGCUGAAAAUUAAACUAGGUCCAUGCAUCAGGUUGCCUUCCACCCAAUAAGCACAGGGUCACGUGACCAGCUGUGACAUGCCAGGUGGUGCCACCCCCGCAUCCCCGGUCUAGGGAAACCCACUUCUGGCAAACCCCAAAUCACUUCCUUGGGAGCCAAGGAAAGCAGUAAACUCCUAUGCUGUGGAUUCAAAGGCCAGUUAGGACUGAAAAGCACAGGCUUGUAGCUCCAAAUACUGAGGACAUUUCCAAACUGGCACCUGACGUUCUCGUUGUUUCAGAGGAAGCCACGUGCCAGGGAACAGGCUCCCCGUGGUGCUCCAGGGACCGGGCAGCUCUGCGUUGGGGACAAGACCACGGCGCACCAAGAGUGGGAGCCGAGAGGCCUGGAUUCCGGUUCCUCUCAGUCACUCACUGGCCUUGUGUCCAAGGACAAAACCCCUUGCUGCUCUGAGCCAGCUUCCCUCAUGUCAAAUGGUGCAAAGGCCCCGGCUCACAGAGUGAAGAUGGGGUGAGAUGGGAUGGGCCGGGCAUGCAAACAAGGUGACAGCUGCAAAGCACCACCCAGUGUAAGGCCCAAGCACUGUGUAAACUUAAGUAAAAUUGAGUGAAAUUUAA